AUGACUAAGAAUGUUUGUUUUUUUGCAGCUUUUGUCCCAUUACGUGGAAGUUCCAUUGAUAUUCAUCCAAAUGCUCGAUGGCAACAGAAUGGUCUCACUGUCGCUGGAGGAAAUGGAUAUGGCAAUGGAAUCAAUCAACUCUACAUCCCAUGGGGUUUAUAUGUGGAUGAUGGUCAAACAAUUUAUGUUGCUGAUCAAAACAAUAAUCGUAUUAUGGAAUGGAAAAGGGAUGCGACGAAUGGCCAAGUGGUUGCAGGUGGAAAUGGACAAGGAAAUGGAGCUCAUCAAUUGUCUGUUCCAUUCGAUGUGAUUGUCGACAAAGAGACUGAUAGUCUCAUCAUCUGCGAUCGUGGGAAUAGAAGAGUAGUUCGAUGGCCUCGUCGAAAUGGGACAAGUGGAGAAACAAUCAUCUCCAACAUCGAUUGUCGAGGUUUAACAAUGGAUGAAAAUGGAUUUCUCUAUGUGGUUGACUAUGUAAAACAUGAAGUGAGACGAUAUCGAAGAGGAGAAUCUCAAGGAACAGUGAUUGCAGGUGGCAAUGGAUUUGGAGAUCGUCUCGAUCAACUCCAUCACCCACACUACGUAUUCGUCGAUCGAAAUAAUUCAGUAUAUGUAUCUGAACAUGGAAAUGGUCGUGUGAUGAAAUGGGUGGAAGGUGCAAAACAAGGCAUUGUCGUGGCUGGUGUUCAAGGAUAUGGAAAUGGUCUUACACAAUUGUCAAUUCCUCAAGGAGUCAUUGUCGAUCAAUUGGGCACUGUCUACGUGGCUGAUGGAGGGAAUGAUCGAAUCAUGCGUUGGACGAAAGGAGCUACACAAGGAAGUGUUAUUAUUGGUGGAAAUGGAAAAGGAGGACAAUCAAAUCAACUCAAUUAUCCCUUCGGUUUGUCAUUCGAUCGACACGGCAAUCUCUAUGUCGUCGAUAACG